CCGGCGCUGGGGUGCGCGCUCCUUCCCCGUGUCGGCACCGGGCGGGCUGUCGAGCGCGGUUGUCAAGACGGACUGGUCCGAGCCCUGGCUGGUGGGGCUGGCGGUUUUCCACGUCCUCUGCUUCCUCCUGACGUGUGUCUCUUUCCAGCACUACCGGGUGCAAGUGGGGCACUUCCUCUGCAUGGCAGGCUUAGUGUACUGCGCUGAAUAUAUAAAUGAAUUAGCAGCUAUGAAUUGGAGGCUGUUUUCUAAAUACCAAUACUUUGAUUCAAGAGGGAUGUUUAUUUCACUUGUAUUUUCUGCACCACUGCUGGUGAAUACUAUUAUAAUUGUGGUCACCUGGGUUUACAGAACUUUGAAUGUAAUGACUGAACUGAAGAUGUUACAGCAGAAAAAGAAAGCAGAAAAAGAGAAAAAAAAGUGA